AUGCAGUCUCACUCUCGCAGCCACUUCCACCCGGCGCUCAGCAACCGCGUGCCUGAUCGCGCACUUACCAGUUCCCUUGAGGCAGACCAGCAGCUGUCUCCCGACCAGGCUCGACUCUGGUCCUUCCAAGAGCCUCCUCUUGCUGUUGGCGAUUACUCUCUUUCCGUGUCGCAGCAGAUUCAACUCCCUGAACCUGGCAAGGACGAACAUGAGAGGCCACCACCGCCCAAGAUCCUGUCCAUUCCUAACAAAUCGUUUCACGUCUCCGGGCCCAAGUUCAAGUUCAGCGAUCCCGCCGACCUGCACAGCGUCUACCCAGCGGCCGGUCACAGUGCCUAUGCGCGGACGUUGGCUCACGCUGUCUUCAGCCAUCCCGCGACGCCAUGGGAGCGUGACAUAACGGAUGGCGAGAAAUGUGGCUUCAAUAAGCUCCCUUGGGUGGGCAUUCUGUCGUUUACAGAGGACGAGCUAGUCUCAGACCCAGCAGAGUAUCAACGCCUAGCCUUCGAGGAUGAUGAGGUGUCGGCUGAAUACGGCUCCGUGUCGGUAAAGGCAUCAAGGCUGGCUGAGCUGCAAAAUGUUGUCAACUCCGUCCCGACUGCGCCUGGUGCAAAAACAGACUUUAAGCCAAACGAUGAGGUUUCUAUGCUUCUGCUGAAGCCGAUAUUAUUCAAAAAAAUCUUCACGUCAUAUGAUGCCGACAACAACCAUGUCUGGAGUGGCAAGGCAGACCUGUCCAGGUUUGCAAUGAUGGCUCACGUUGAAGAAACUCAUGGUGGUUUCACGGCAAGAACCUAUGCCGAUGAGACCCCGACUGAACAGCCGCAGCACUCCAUCGUUGUCAGUCCCCGGACCGGGAAGCCAGGACUUGCAUCAACAACACGCGUCAUUUCUCAUAUUAUCUCACUCGAGGACAUUGACAAGAUUGUCUUGGCGGGUGACGACAACAGCAAUCCGUAUAUAGGCUUAGUGUCUCUUUAUUCUUGGGACUGGAUGAGCGUUCCAGAAGAUGCGGUUGACUUUGAACACGUUAUGGCCGAGCUCGGUAAGACUGUACAACCGCUUCGAAUCGAAUACGAGGAGGAGAAAGCACAGUUCUUUCCAGACGAAUCCAGCGAAGCAGAUGAUGAACCGUCAUCCACAGAAGCAGUUAAUUGGCUCAGGGCCAAGUUCGAUGCUGGAUACGUCUUCAAACCACACACCGCAAUAACUGGAGUGAAAACCGAGUCUCUCAUUCGAGGGCCACUCAUUCCAGCCUUGUCAAAACGUGAGCCAAGAACUUCUUCUCUCUACGGCGAGGGUCUAGCUCUCUUUGAUGAAGAAACCGGCAUACCAGACGUCUCUGACCAGUCGGCUUGGACACUCGGCCGGUCCAUGGUUAUGGCUGAUCGUACACUCACUGCCAGUUUGCUUCGGUUGCGGGGGAGAGUUCAUGCCGAAGCUGUACGCCAAGCAAAAGCUGAUGCGCUGACCGGAAACGGCUACGAAAUGGUGAGCAGCCAGGACAUAUAUCUUUCCAAUCUGGAAGACGCCAUGCAGCAACUAGAAGACGCACAAGACGUAACAGGUCUCAACAGUCGAUCGAACGCUGCAGCACGCUGGGCUCGAACUGAAGAUGACCGUGCCGGUCUUCUCGUCAAGCAGUUGUCCAAUGAAACAUUUUUCACUUUGACAAAGUAUAUAAAUCAUGUCGAUGCAAUCACGUUGGCCAUGUUCGGCUCCGAGUCGGAAGAUUCACCCGAUACCACACGCACUAUCGACUCUGAUGCGGCAGCCGUUCGUGCUUGGGUCAUCGACCGCUUUAUGCUUGCCGGAAUCCCUCUGCACUCGUUGGUCCUUCAUCCAAAUAUGUUGCCGCAAGAGUCGAUCCGGACGUUUUUCGUUGACCAACACUGGAUCAACCGGCUUGUGGACGGUGGGCUCAGUCUUGCGAACCACUUUGCACGCGAUGACGACGCCAUUCGCCGUGCCAUCAAAGCAUCCAUCAACAAGUAUCUAGAGACACCUAUCGGAAACGAUCCCGACGCAACUACACCACAGCUGCCGCGGUGGGGGUUCUUCAUGCGGAGCAUUGCCGUCAGUGCCUUUCCAGACCUGAAGGUUGAAGCGCCACUCCCACCUGAAGCCCCUGCAAACACUCGUGAAGUCCUCUUUAUGCAAGUGCUAGCAGACGAUAUUCUUAUUUGCUUGUUUGAUCGCCUCCCAGGAGAAAGAGGGUUCGACUACAUUCGUAUAUGUCAACCUCACCACCAACAGGGAUUUGCACUUGGCACGCGCCUCCUCCAAAAUGAGCUUCAUGGGAUUCACCGUGGCGUGCCCACAACCCAAGCGGAGGUCACUGAAGAGGUAGUGAUGAAUUCAACCUCCACGUCUCCCAUUCAGGUAUACGACUUUGACACGCGGAUGCUGCGGCCUGACAUGUACACGGGUGUGUACUUGAAGACUAUGGAGGGUAAGGCAAACGUCUUUCAGUGGCCUGUCGAAGACAGAGUCAGGCCACCGGCCUCGCUGUUAGCCACACAGCUCAAGACCGUCAAUCUGCGGCUGACUUUGACCAUGGACAACAAGGAUUCAUCUGAAGGAGAUCAUCUAAAAGACGAUGCUCCUUCAGAUCGAUGGAAAAGGCCAGCCGCACAGCUAACCCUUUCACCACGGCCAGAUCUCAACAAGUCAGUCCCAAUCAAAGACUCGCCGCGUCCCAAUCCAUCUAGACGAGCACCUCCCGCCAACGUCACUCUUCCGGCUGGGCCUCGGCGUCGUGUACAUGAGCUUGUUUUUACAAGCGCUGACUUUGCGGAUACAUCAGAGCAAGACGACAUCGAAGAGCUCAAUCAUGCAUCUCAGGGACCUCCUGAGCCCCGGCUAGGUCUUGAAAAACUCACCUCCAAACGUCUGAAGUACAAACACUUGCCAGCCGAAGCGACUUGCUUUCUGUGCUAUGAGCCAGGGAGCACCACCAACAUAAUCUACGCCACGGACACGCCUACGGAUCUUGUCUUCAAACUCAGUGGAGACGAAUACCCUAAUCCUCCAGCCCAGUUGGAAAUUCGCAUUCCCGUAGCGCUCAGCUCUGGCGUGUAUCCAUCCCGGGUAAAUGGCCGCUCCCAGGGUCUGCUCGUGAUUCCCGGGACUUCUACUAAGCCACUGCUCCCUGUACUUGAGCAUCUCGACCCCGGCCAUCAGUGGUCACACACAAGCAAGCUGGCCCAGGGGCAUCUCUACGCCAUACCUCCAGGACAGCCGCCCACUUCGGGCGACUCUGUGCCUUCUCAAUAUUUGCAGUGCAUUAUGUUGGUCAUUACCGUUACGCCGCGACUCACCGGCCCUCUACCCAACAAGGCGAAGAUGUACAAUUGGUCGUUUAUUCUGCGGGGUGUCUCGUUCGUCAUUCCCAAACAGGAUGGAUCAGCCCAGCCACGGGAUAUUCCGUCAAGAACCACGCAGUUUGAUGUCCUACGGAAGGAUUUGUCUCUGGCAGGUGAUGAAGCUAUGAGUGUGCGAUCGACGGGCAUAACCAUACGUCCCGCUAUUAUUGUCUCUAUCGUCGCAGACAAAACAAACUAUGACUUCGACGCCAAGAAGCUUAACAUCAGCUACGACUUGUCCCAUCUGCCUCCCAUGGCAUCACAACUGAGACUUACAGCCCUGGUGGACACGUCCAACGGCGAAGAGUCUGCCGUACUUGUGGUCCGUUCGCUCCCCCUUCCAGCUGAUCCAGUGGAGAAGGCCACUCAGGGAACCUAUCAUUUCCAGAGCACCUACGACAUGAAACCAGGUGAAGUGCCACUCGACAUACGCUUGGCUAUUUUGUCAGAAAAGAACGAAGCCAUGGGCCCAGACUCGGUGCCAUUUUUGUUUCCACGCUUGCCGUCGAUUAGGGAGAUCCAAAGUCAUUGUUUUGGUUGGAAGGACGACCGCCUGAAUAUUUGUUGGACUCCGCCAAAGGCAACGCAUUUGCCAUAUGUGAGAACUUACACAUUUCUUAACUCAGACCUCAAGACCCGUUCAUCACACUCUGUCAGUGAAAAUGCCGAGGCCGGCGUUAUCACUGUCGAAGAGGCCGAUCUCGUCCAGUAUAUGGGAAAUCUCAAGCGUAUCGCCUUCGAUAUGGCUGUGAAAGCAGCCGGAAAUUUGCCAAUACAUGGCACUCUGUUUACUUCAGAGUACAUGAUCGCCAGGUGGCCGACUCCGCAAAAUCUGCCCCUGAAGAUGCAGUCGGAGAAGAAGAUUAUAGCGGCGCCACCACUCCAGACAAGUGGAGUUGGUAGCAUGCGUUUUUGGAAGGACAAGUUCUGGAUUGAUUCUGAGGCGUGGUACUGGAGCAGCUCUAACACCCUUGCCGGAAUUCUCUGCACUUAUGAUAGCGACUCAAGGAAGCCAUAUACCAGAGACGCAGUUUCCCCAAUUACCGGUGUGGCUGGCGCCGGCUCCCUUGCCCCUUUUCACAUGGACAAGACCAACCGGUCCAAAAUUGUAUGGAUCGGUAUAGACGGCAGUGUCAACAUGUCGUCUCGCGAGGGCCACGAGUUUCCUGGAACUUGGGAAACGACCACGAUUGCACCGAGUGGCAGUGCUUCAGUGCUAGGCGGUGGCACGCUAGCUGUGUGUGCCGACUUUACCAUCGACAGAUUUGGUGACCAUGUUCCUCGCGGAACGCACAAUCCCGCCUUCUGGUGGGUUGGGCCUAGAGGAGAGAUAUGUGGACGCCGCUCUGCUCCUGAUCCCACUACUGGCUCAGAGAACUGGGUCGACAUUGGACCCGAAGCGUCGUUGCCAGCGGGCAGCAUAGACGUUUCCCCAUCUCUCACUCGCCCGGCACAGAUGGCAGCUAUCUGGACGUUCGAGCAGUCCCAAUACUCUGACGACGCCUACUUGUUUUGGGUGAGCUCGGAGGGAGAUUUGAUGGUGACGUGUGCUUCGCCCACCACCACAGUGCAUUCGGAGCGCAUCAGCAAGACGGGCCUGGCCUAUCGCAACAUCGAUGCAGCUCCCGGCACGGCACUAGCUGCGCAUAUUGGGCACGGCGUGGGACACAGCCCGGAUCUCUAUGUACACUGGAUCGGCAUCGACGGCUCUGUCUUCGUCGGUCGUUCACCCUUGCUCUGGAAGUCUGUCGACGGUCCUCACCAGUGGCUCGAUAUCCUAACGAUCGCUUCACCUGGCGCUGCAAACCCGCUCACACAAUUGCGCGUUGUCGGGAGCGCUGGGGAUAGCUUCCGAGCACUCGUGUGGGCCAAUGCCUUAGGGCAGCCUCACGUUGCUAUAAGUCAGGUUCUGUUACAAGAUGACCUACUGACUGAGUGGAUGUGGACCGAGCUGUAUGUGGACGAGGUGCCAGAUUUGAACCCGCGUAUUAGCGUGCAGAAUGCAAAAAAUAGAGAAGGGUGGAACACUGUUUACAUUUGGUGGGCAACUGGACAGUGGAGUUCUUUCGUUCUUUCAGACUGGGAAGAUGAAGAAAUCUAA